CUUAAGACAAUAGAAACUCUGUUGGGCAAUACAGCUAAAGUGGGAGAAGUGAUUGUGCUUGGGAUGAUAACUCAGCUCAAGGAGGGGAAGUACUUCCUAGAAGACCCUACAGGAGUCGUCCAGCUAGACCUUAGUAAAGCCCAGUUCCACAGUGGUUUAUAUACUGAAUCAUGCUUUGUUUUGGCAGAAGGUUGGUACGAAGAUGAAGUUUUUCAUGUGAAGGCUUUUGGAUUUCCGCCUACGGAGCCUUCUGCUACCACUAGAGCCUUCUAUGGGAACGUAAACUUCUUUGGAGGGCCUUCUUCAGCUUCAGUAAAGGCUUCUGCAAAACUGAAGCAGCUGGAGGAUGAAAAUGAAGAUGCCAUGUUUGUAUUUGUUUCUGAUGUGUGGCUGGACCAAGCAGAAGUACUGGAAAAGCUUCAAACAAUGUUUUCAGGUUAUUCCUCUGCACCUCCAACCUGCUUUUUCUUUUGUGGAAAUUUUUCAUCUGCACCAUAUGGAAAAAAUCAAAUUCAGUCACUGAAAGGUUCUUUGAAGGCUCUUGCAGAUAUUAUAUGUGAAUAUCCCAGCAUUCAUAAAAGUAGCCGAUUUGUGUUUGUUCCUGGCCCUGAAGACCCAGGUCCUGGUUCUGUUUUACCAAGACCUCCCCUGGCUGAAAAUAUUACUGAGGAAUUCAGACAGCUGGUGCCAUUUUCAGUUUUCACCACAAAUCCUUGCAGGAUUCAAUAUUGCACCCAAGAAAUAAUUAUCUUUCGUGAAGAUCUGGUAAAUAAAAUGUGCAGGAACUGCGUCCGCUUCCCCAGCAGCAGCAUGGAUAUUCCCAACCAUUUUGUGAAGACUGUAUUGUCACAAGGACACCUGACGCCGCUUCCGCUGUACGUCAGCCCUGUGUACUGGGCCUACGACUACUCCCUGAGGGUGUACCCCGUGCCAGACGUGCUCGUCGUUGCGGAUAAAUACGACCCGUUCACUGUCACCAACACUGACUGCCUUUGCAUAAAUCCUGGUUCAUUUCCAAGAAGUGGAUUUUCAUUCAAGGUGUUCUACCCCUCCAACAAGACAGUUGAAGACAGCAAGCUUCAGGGUCUGUGAAUUUCUGCCAGACUGCAAAAAGGGAGCGAGCCUUCGUAAAGCCAACUGCGGCACUCGUUUGAGAUGGAUUGAUUGGUUUUUAUGAUGUAUUGGACUGUUUAUAAUAAAUGUCAAAGCCAAAACCGGAGUAUUUUGUACACAAAUAAACUUUUACA